AUGAGUUAUUGGGAGCUCUCAAGAACUCGACCUGGUAUAACCCCAACUACAACAAAAGUAGCCGCUGUGAGUAACUUCCCCAGACCCAAGAACCUUCGUGCAUUAAGGGGGUUUUUAGGUUUGGCCGGCUUCUAUCGUCGCUUCAUUAAAGAUUUCUCGGGUAUAGCCACGCCCCUCUACAAACUAUUGAAAACAGGAGAAAAUUUCACCUGGAAGGAGCAGCAACAAGAAGCAUUUGUUUUGUAUACAGAUGCAUCGCACCUUGCUCUUGGUGCUGUUUUAUCUCAGCCUGGCGAUAACGGGCUUAAAGGUGUUGUGGAGUACACCAGUCGAUCAACAAAGCCUGCUGAGCGGAAUUACACAAUAACUGAAUUAGAGUGGGAUAUCAAGAGUUAUAUACAGAGUUGUGAUGUAUGUCAACGUCGUGGGAAACCAAAGACCCGAGAAGCAUUACACCCGAUUCAGGUACCUGGUGGUAGCAAUAGAGUAUUUGACGAAAUGGCCCGAGGUUCGAGCGUUACCUGA